CGCGCGGGUCAUGUGACCCGGGGAAGAUGGCGUCGCUGCUGCAGCUCGAGCGGGUGGUUUACCUGGUUCACGGCGACAAGAAGCUCCGGCUCCCGCUCUCGCAGCUUUACUUCUGCCGUUACUGCCAUGAGCUGCGCUCGCUCGAGUGCGUUUCCCACGAAGUGGACUCCCAUUACUGUCCAAGCUGUCUGGAGAACAUGCCAUCGGCUGAAGCAAAGCUCAAAAAGAAUAGGUGUGCUAACUGUUUUGACUGCCCUUGCUGCAUGCAUACUCUCUCCACAAGAGCCACCAAUAUCCCAGCACCACUCCCCGAUGACCCAGCCAAGACCACCAUGAAGAAAGCUUACUACCUGGCUUGUGGUUUCUGCCGCUGGACUUCUAGGGAUGUUGGCAUGGCUGACAAAUCUGUGGCCAGCGGAGGAUGGCAAGAACCAGAGAAUCCUCAUACCCAGAGGAUCAAUAAAUUGCUGGAAUAUUACCACCAACUGGCACAGAGAGAGAAGAUUGAACGUGAUCGCAAGAAGCUGGUUAGACGCAGAAACUAUAUGCCACUUGCCUUUUCUGACAAGUAUGGCCUAGGUACAAGACUGCAGCGACAGCGAUCUGGGGCCCCUAUCAUUACCCUUGCUGGGUCAACGCUGAAAGAAGCAGAGGACCAAAAAGAGAUAAAGAUCGAGCCAGCCCAGCCGUUGGAGGAAGUGGAGCCACUUCCAGAGGAUUAUUACACUAGAGCCCUGAACCUGCCAGAGGUGACCACCCUCCACCAAAGACUGUUGCAGCCUGACUUUCAGCCCAUCUCUGCCUCCCAGUUGUACCCGAAACACAAGCACCUCCUGAUAAAGCGCUCGCUGCGCUGUCGGAAAUGUGAACACAACUUGAGCAAGCCUGAGUUUAACCCGACUUCCAUCAAGUUCAAGAUCCAGCUGGUCGCUGUGAACUAUGUUCCAGAAGUUCGAAUUCUCUCUAUUCCUAACAUGCGCUUCAUGAAGGAGAGUCAAGUGCUUCUGACACUCACUAACCCUGUGGAGAACCUCACACAUGUUACUCUUCUGCCCUGUGAAGAGGCAGACCCUGAUGAUGUGCACAGCACUGCAAAGGUCGUUCUCCCUUCAAAGGAGAUUGUUCUCGCUGGAAAAGAUGCUGCAGCUGAAUAUGAUGAACUGGCUGAGCCACAAGAUUUCCACGAUGACCCAGAUGUUGUGGCCUUCCGCAAAUCCAACAAAGUUGGUUUCUUCAUCAAGGUGAUCCCCCAGGAGGAGAUUGGCAACGUGAACAUUAGCUUCAAGCUGCGGUAUGACUUUAAGAAUCUGGCAGCUCCCAUCCGUCAGUCGGAGGAAGGUGAGCAAAGCGCCGAGGUCAUCUGGCUGACUCAGCACGUGGACCUGAGCCUCGGGCCUUUGGCUGCCUGAGCCCCACAGCCAAUCCAGCCGAUGCCCCAGUGACCGCUCCUAUCCCUCGCCCUGUCCUGCACAUUCCCGAGCGGCUUCUUCCAGCCUCCCGCCCUGGGCGGCACCCUCUCUCAGAAAACGCGAGACCACGCUGCAGUGUUUCACAUCUCUGCUCCCUCGCCUCACUAACCGUUAACACGGGGAGAGUGUGAUCAGAUGAAACACUCUCCGCCUAACCUGGUGUGAGCAACAAAAUCUGGAAUUCCAUGGGAAAAUCUCUGGAUUCUGGUGGGAAUAGCUGGAAUCGCCCCAACAGUGUAUGGACACAAUAGGAAGAGAUGCCAUCUGACGUCACACCAUUGGCUACAUUUUCAGCUCAUUCCAUUGGCUGAGGCGGUGAAAGCGACUAUAGAAAUUCUUUCAGUUAGUUGCACGUUUUUUUGUCCAAUUUUCUUUUAAAACAUUCUCACAUUUGGCUAAAGUUUCAAAGUCGUGCCAGUUUGAGAAUGAUCACACUACACUCUGCAACUUGUGUAUGGACACACACGACACAGUAUGUGCGCGCUCUCUCUCUCUCUCUCUCUCUCUCGUGUGUGUGCUCCCGCUGUCCCUGUGAGUUCCGUGAGAUAGCAAUAUUCUCUCCACACUCAGUCUUUAUGCUGUACUCACUUUCUCUGCUUGUAAGUUGCUGCUGCUGCUAUGCUGCCUGUCUCUCUCUGAUCUGCCCAGUGCAGCAUCAUUCAGGCAGCUCGCUGUUCGCGUGUAGUUCCUGUCCUUACACUGCAUUGAGAAUGCAUUGACAGUGAACCUUUAAUGAAGUUCUUUUCCUAACAUUUAACCAGCCGUCAGUGCACAUUAUUUAACUCUACUUGUGAAACGUGAGUCAAGAAAGAAAGGCCUUUCAACCUGUUCCUGCGGUAACUGUUUCCCUGAUAUUAGACCCUGGUCCUUUAGUGAAUGUCACCCCAAUGUCAGUUUCCCCUGCCAGCUGUGACAGCUGACCCUGUGUCCCGUUUCCUGACAUUGAAGCCGCAUCCUCCAGUAACCUGUGUCCCUGACAUCACCCCACUGCCCUUGUGUAUUGUCCUGUUGAGCCCUUGCCCUGCCCAUGGGAUGGUGUGUGUCAGCACAUUUGCUGCUGUUAGUAUGCAUUGUGCUGUGUCUGUUGGUGACAUCCCACUGUAAUACGAUAUACCUUCUGUAUGGAGUUAAAACAAUAAACACAGGGUGAAACAGCC